CUGGGUUCUAUUCCGAAUGUGAACAUAGUUUGUUUAGAGUUUCUUUUUUACAUUAAUGGUAUUUUUUUACAGUAAGAUGCCCAAAUUUUUAUUUGAGACUCGCCAAACGGCAUUGAAUUCGCAGAUAAUAAAGAUGUGGGUUCAACUUUCAUUUUGGAACAAUUUUUCAAGCAAGGGAAGGGAAUGAUCUGAACAUGCAGGAGGACUGACCCAUCUUAAACCUUUGUCGGCUGUGCUGAAGAGAAAGGUACAGAACCAAAUUAUUUAAUUAAUUAGCUGCGCGUUCUCCUGUCCUCUGUCCUCCGGGCCACACACACACACACACACACACACACACACACACACACACACACACACACACACACACACACACGGGACUGUCUCAGCUGUUAUUUUCGUGAAGGAGUGUGUUGGGUUAAAGUUGAGUAAAUGGAGGUCUAACUGGUCCACCACCACUGAGAACUACAUCUCCCAGAAUGCACCAACAAAAUGGCGACUGAUUGGUGAUAAAAAACACCUAUGCAGGGUGGUGGCUCUCAGUCCUUAGUCAAACAGGAACAGCACAGCAAGCUCUAACAAUGAGUUGACUCUAAAGACGCCAAUGGUUAUCAACCUAAUGUUCACUGAACUGACAUAAUAAAAAUUGUUGGAAUGUGAUGGAGUUGUCCCAAAGUGUCCCUUUAGAGUGAAACUAGUGUGGAGCUUGACAGUUGAUAACCACAGAGCACCCUGGAAAAGGAGAUAAAGGGCUUCAAACCAGAAAAGCUGUGGACGCAAGAGAAAAUAAAGAUGGCAGAAGAGGUCUUGGGGAAGACGGUCAAACUGCUGAAGCAGGAGAGGACCAGCGCUAAAAGCAGCUUCACCAGACUAGCCAACUAUAUUUCAAGAGGAGCAGACAUCAUGCUGAAAACCGAAUUAGAAGAGGAAUUUGGAAAACUUUCAGACCGGUUCAGGUCAGUUCUUGACUCUAAUGAUGACUACAGGAUUGGACUGGAGGCUGAUGUCAAGGCAGUGGAUGAAGAAGCAGAACUUGAUAAGCAGCAACAGACCGACAUUCAAAUGACUUUAAAAGAUGCAGAGAAUAAAAUGAAGGAGGUUACUGCCGCUGUACAAGCUAACCUGUGGGGAAGAUAUGGAGAAAGGGAGCUUAAAACAUCAAUCCAUGAAGCAGAGGAAGUAGUUGAUGAAGCUGAAAAUAUGCAAGUCAAAAGUGACAAUUUGGAGGGCUAUGAGGUUCACCUCACUUUAUUAGGUGAGAAGGUUAGUGCAGUCAUCUCAACUAUGUCUGUGUGGGAGAGGUGGAUUCCUGACUCAUCUAGAGAUGAAAUGAAUGGGAGACUGAAAGGACUGAGAGCAGCCCACUGCAGGCUAAAAAUGAGAAAAGCUGAAUUUGCCAUAUUAAGGAGGCUAGCUGAUCAAGGCACGAACGGUAAACCUAUCCAACCAUUACCACCUGUUGUGAAGAUAAAACCAACUACCCUUCCUGUCUUCCAGGGAAAUAUGAGAGAGUUCUACAGGUGGAAAAAAGACUGGGAGAGCCUGCAAAGGCAGGGAGAGCCCACUGGCUCACCUGAGGUGCUCAAGAUUCAGCUCCUGGAGAGUGUAAGUGAGACCAUCGUGAAGGAGCUGAGACUGUCAACUUAUACAACUGCAGAUGAUAUGUUCAGAGUCCUGGAAAAUAGAUACGGCAACAAGUCUACCAUUACAGUUGAAAUCCUUGAAGAAUUAGACAAAAUGCCGCAGGUGAAGGGGAACCAGCCGAGGAGAGUCAUUGACCUGAUUCAAUCUGUAGAGAAAGCCCUGGCAGAUUUGACAGAGCUGGGGAACAUUGGAGCCAUAAAAAAUCCGUUAGUCAUUAAGUCCAUUGAAAGCAAGUUACCUGACUUCAUAAAAAGAGACUGGCUAACAUUUCUAGUUAACCCUAAAAACAAUGUCACAGCAGAUACUCACUUUGACACGCUCUUGAAGUUCCUGAAGAACCAAGAAGAGAUAUUGGAAAGACUUGAACAACUGAGAAGUGUGGAUAAGGUGGACAAGUCUGAGAAAAGGCAUGAAAGAAGGUCUACAUCAGCCAGAGCUACAACAAAAGAAGUUGACAAGGGUUGUGGUGUCUGUGGUGAUUAUGGGCACAGCAACAAAAUAUUCUUCUGCAAGAAAUUUAAAGCUUUGAAGCUAUCUGAAAAGAAGUCUGUUUUGAAGAAGCUGGGAGCAUGCAAUAAAUGCUUAGUAUACCAUGAUGAUGACAGAUACUGCAAAGACAAUUUCCUAUGCAAAAACACGUACUGUAAAAGGGGAGAAACUGGGCCAGACCACCAUUAUUUCCUGUGUCCAAAAGCUGAAACCAAAGGACAAGGGGGCACAGUUGGAAAAUAUGGAGGAAAAGGAAAGUUCACAGAAGAACAGGAAGAUUUCUUAUCACUACUUUCCCCUGAACUAGCAGAUCAGUGCAGAAAGGCAUUCACAAACAAAUCUUCAGUUACACUCAAAGCUGCAGGCCAGUCUGAAUUACUGAAGAGGAAUGAGCUGGUUGAACUUCCGGUGAUUAUGAUGCUGAUGCAAGUAACGGCCAAUGCAGGUCAGAAGAUAGGCACCCUCAUUGACCUAGCAUCAGACACCAAUUACAUAACUCACAGAGCUGCGGAAAGAUUGGGCCUCAGGGGUGAAGAAAUAACCCUGGUUGUACAUGGAGUUGGUGGAAUGACCAUGGACGUUAUAACAAAAAGGUACCUCCUAAAAGUCAGAGUCAAAACUCAAAAGGGGACUGAAAGAGCACAUCAACUAGUCUGCUAUGGCUUGGAUGAAAUUGCAAAAGUUUAUCAAGCAAUUCAGCCUGAAAAGUUGAAAAGAUUCUUCCCAGACGUCCAGCUCGAAGAUCUGAAAAGACCAGCGGAAGUUGAGCUUCUCAUAAGCCAUCGAGAGGGAAGACUUGCACCCCAAAGAGUUAGAGUCAUUGGAGACCUUGUUUUGUGGGAAGGCCCAUUGGGAAAAACAGUGGGCGGAGCUCAUCCUGAUUUGUUUGAAGAAGUAGAGGUGACAGCAUAUGAAUCAAGUGCCCACUUUGCUCGCUCUUUGCGAACUGCUGCUGUCAAAUAUCAAGAAAUUACAGUUCCAGCAACCAAGCCAGCUUGGCAAUUGCAGGCAGAUGCGUCUCUGUCCAGAUUUACAUCUACCAGUAACCGUGAGUUCCUUGAGUGGUGGCACUGGGACAGCAUCGGAGCCGCAUGCGAGCCAAGAUGUGGAGGUUGUCGAUGCGGAAAUUGUUCGCCAGGAGGAAGAGACAUGACCUUGGCUGAGGAGAAAGAGUAUGAGAUCAUUAAAGGAGGGCUCACAUACAUGGAGAAAGAUGCUCACACACCAUCUCCACAUUGGGAUGCAAAGUAUCCUUGGACUGAAGAUCCCGCCUCCCUCCCUAACAACAAAAGGGCAAUUCAGGCUUGUUUCUUAAGGAUGGAAAAGCAGCUGAGCAAAGAGCCAGAAUGGAAAAUCGCUUAUGCAACCCAAAUCCAUGACAUGGUCGAAAGAGGUGCAGCUAUGAAACUCACCAGUGAAGUCCUGGACAAGUGGACAGGUCCAGUGUGGUAUGUUAGUCACCUGGUGGCGCUAAAUCCUCAUUCGGUGACAACACCAGUCCGCAUUGUAUGGAAUAGCAGCCAGAAAUACAAAGGUGUGAGCAUGAACGAUCUUCUCUUGAAGGGACCAGAUGUCCUUAACCCCUUAAGAGCUGUCCUGUUAAGAUUCAGAGAAGGGGUACAUGCAGCUCUGGGAGAUAUAAAGAAAAUGUAUAACUCUGUCUGGUUGGAGGAGCGAGAAAUGCAUCUACACAGAUUCCUGUGGAGAGACAAUCCUACAGAGGAGAUCUGUGAAUAUGCAAUCACCAGAGUCAACGUCGGCGACAAACCUGCAGGUUGUAUUGCGCAGUUGGCUAUGACGGAGACCACAAGUCUACCUAACUUCGCUCACUUGAAGGAUGAACGAAGAGUUAUUGAAGAGGACAGUUAUGUGGAUGACCUCUUGACCUCCCACAAUGAUUUGCACAGGCUUGACAAAAUUACAGCAAAAGUUGAAGAGAUUUUAAAAGGUGGGGGUUUCUUCCUUAAACCCUGGGUCCGGUCAGGGCAAAGUGGGAGGAAAGGAACUGAAGCAGAUGUACUAAACCAGGAUCAAAGGAAAACCUUAAUUCUUCCAAACCAGAUGAAAGAGGGAAUAAACAAAGCCCUGGGCAUCGGCUAUCAAGUAGAUGAGGACAAACUCUACAUGCUGACUGCAGUAAACUUUUCUAAAAGGAAGAAGAAGAUGCGAGUUGGAAAAAAUCUUCUUGAAGAGGAGGUGAGAACACAAACUCCUAACCAGUUGACAAGAAGAGUUCUCCUAAGCCAAGUUGCUGCACUAUAUGACCCAAUUGGCCUAGUUGCACCAGUCAAGCAGAAAGGAGCGAUCCUUGUUCGUAAAGCGUUCCAAGAAGGAGGGGGUGGCAAGUUGACCCAAGAAACCUGGGACCGACCUCUCUCAGAAAGUCUCGGAGAAGAAGCCAUACAGCUUUUUGAGAACUAUGCACAGCUUGGUCACGUAAAAUUCCACAGAAGCCUCACACCAUCUGACCGGAAAGGAAAACCUUGGGGUAUCACAUUCUCUGAUGGAAGUGAUAAAUCCUAUGGAGCUGUGAUGUACUUAAGAUGGGAGACAAAUCAAGGCAUUGAAGUCAGGUUUGUGGAAGCCAAAGCCAAGCUGACACCCUUAAAUCAGAAAGGAGAUGCCGUUAAGGCAGAAAUGUGUGGCGCAGUCUUUGCAGCCAGGAUCAGGAAGUAUGUGGAGAAGCAUGCUCGAAUGAAGAUUGAGAGGUGGUUCCACUUACUGGACAGUCAGACAGUCCUUGGAGCUAUCCAACGAGACAACUAUGGAUACCAAACAUUCUUUGCAAAUAGAGUGGGUGAGAUCCAGAAGGCCGGGCUAGUGCAAGACUGGUGGUGGAUCCGUGGAGAUCUAAACAUAGCUGAUAUCUUAACCAGAGGAGGCGCUCCUGACGAUUUGAAGGAAAAUUCCACAUGGCAAAAUGGACCAGAGUUCUUGAAGUGGCCAGUGGAUGAGUGGCCUAUUCAAUCGGCUGGAGAAGUGGCAGCCCAGGCCAGAGAAAGGGUGAAUAAAAUGCAAAGAAAAACAUUUUCAGCUACAUUGACAAGAGGUCAAGCCAAGACGAAUCAGGAAAAAGAUUUGUGUAAAGAAAAAACAUCCACUCCACCAAAAAGGUUUCCCACUGGCUGGGUUAAACGUCUUGUGGACAUAAAACGAUUCAGUAGUCUAACCAAACUGAAGAGAGUUAUUGCCUGGAUCCGUCGAGUUGCUGAGCAGUGGCUAAAGAGGACCUCAAACCCAGAACAGAAAAAAUGGAUUGCAACAACACCUAAGCAGGCUGGAUUGAAAAACACAGAACUUCAGGAUGCAUGUGAUGACAUCUUUCUCUCGGCUCAAGUAGGUGUAACAUUUCCAGACACAACUCUCAGCAGAUUGGCAGUAUACAAAGAUGAGAACACUGGACUGCUACUUUGUGGAGGUAGAAUCCAGGUGUUCAAUGAAGAGAAGACUGCUGUACCUGUUUUGCCAUAUGAAUCCUGGGUGUCUACUCUGUUGGCACGAGAAUCUCAUGAAGCCAACCAUGAGGGGGUAGCAGGAACCCUUCUCCGGAUGAGGAAGACAGCUUGGAUAAUUAAAGGCCGGAGAAUCGCUAAGAGGGUGGUUGACAGCUGUGUACGCUGCAGGAAGAACAGAGCAAGGCUGUGUCAACAAAUAAUGGCAAACUUGCCUCCGGAGAGAACAAACCCAGCUGCUCCUUUUGAAUUCACUACCGUGGACCUGUUUGGCCCAUAUGAGGUCAAAGAUGAAGUCAAGAAAAGAACUAAAAUCAAAGUAUGGGGAAUCAUCUUCUGUUGCAUGGCCUCCCGUGCCAUACACACAGACGUGGCAAGUGACCAGUCAUCCGAAGGUUUCCUGCUGGCCUACCAAAGGUUCACUUCACUGAGAGGGCACCCCAGGAAGAUCUGGUCAGACCCUGGCACUAACUUUGUAGGAGCCAAGCCUGCUCUCGAAAAGCUGUACAACUUCCUUGACCAACUGAACAAGUCUGAAGUUGAAGACCUAGCUGCCAAACAUGGGACAGAAUGGGUUUGGAAGAUCCAUCCUGCAGACUCUCCCCAUAGAAAUGGUGCAGCAGAAGCUACUGUAAAAAUAGUGAAGCGGGCCCUGAGCAAUCUUGGAGGAGAGGGCAUCUUCACCUGGGGUGAAUUCCAAACCUUUCUUUACAUGGCAGCCAACCUUGCAAACGAAAGACCUAUUGAUGCCAAAACUCAAAGCAGGGAAGAUUGUGUGGGAUAUGUCACCCCAAAUUCUCUGCUUCUAGGGCAUGCAAACCCGAAGGGAGACCCUGGAGACUUCCAGUUUGAUGGUUACCCAUACAAAAGACUAAAAAGUAUUCAAACAGAGGUCAGUAAAUUCUGGAAAAAGUGGAGCCAAUUGGCUGGACCAAAUCUUUUUGUACGGAAUAAAUGGCACACCAAAGAGCGAAAUGUCGCUGUUGGAGAUGUGGUCUGGUUGGCUGAUCAAAAUGCCUUGAGAGGACAAUACAAGCUGGCCAGAGUUGUUAGUGUCAACACUGACAGGAAAGGCAUUGUAAGAGACGUGCUUGUGAGGACCUUUCCUAGCUAUCCGGUUCCCACCAGAAAGGCAGUUGGAAAGAAGGCGGUUGCAGAAUCCAUUAGACUGAAACAAAAAAUCCCAACCACUAUCCUUCAUAGGGAUGUUAGACGCCUUGUCAUUCUAAUUCCUGUUGAAGAACAAAACAACAAAGUACUUGUGUGA